GUAUACACACCAUGACUUCUAGGAACAAUCACACCACUGUUAGACCUUUGGCACCUCUGAGAUACGCUCUGUACGUCUAUGGAUACUCAGAUUUCCGUCCAGGCCUCUGAGAUGGCGUCACUUCCCACCGAAUGGAUUGGGAGUGUUUACCUCUUCAUGCAUACUGAUCCUAACUCUCUGUGUGCGGAGUACGACACCAAUAAACCCUUGAUGUACAAGACACUCUGGGAUGCCUUGUCAGUAUUUUCCAGAAAUUCAAACUCUCCAGAGAUCCUAAAAGUUCUUAAAAGUGACCGACAUCUAAUUCUCCACCUCAAGUUCAAUGGAGAAGACACCUGUCUAGGAUUUCUUCGAGAUUACCGGGAGAGGAGGGUUCAUCUGCACAUACAAGAACAGCUGAGUCGUUGUUUAGGCAUAGAGUCUCUACAGGUCUUUCUGGAGCUCAAAGUGGACAACAUAAAGCUGGACAUGUUCCUCGAUGAGGAAGAAAAAUGUCUGGGACACAUUUACUCAUGUAAGCCAAGUUACGUCAAGGAUGAAGACCUUGCUGAGCUGGAAGAAAACUUCAUAAAUUUAUCUCUGGGAUCCAGUCACUCCACACAGAACAGCACCUCUUCUACCUCUCCAAUAGGGAACUCAACUCCUCCCCUCCCCCUCCGCUCAAUCUCAUCUGAACCAAGCACAUUCCAUUUCCAAGGACAAGAUUAUGCUGACAAACCUCUGACUUCAGAACACCAACAGCGGUUUGCAAAUUUGGUGGGCAAGUCUUGGAAGAAGGUUGGACGGUCAUUGAAGAAAAAUUGCCGGGCUCUAGAAGACCCCAAAAUAGACAACCUGGCCUACGAAUAUGACAAAGAAGGUCUUUACGAACAGGCCUAUCAGUUAUUGCGAUGUUUUAUGGAUGGUGAGGGCAGGAAGGCCACAUUAAAUAGACUGGUGGAUGCACUCGUGGAAUGCGAACUGAAUGUAAUAGCUGAGAAACUUUUGUCUUUGGAAGAAAUCUGAUUGGAUUAGGAAUCUCUAUAAGAACCCUGCUUAGUUUAGUAUAUCGUUUUCUCAGAUGUAUAGAAGGUGAUCUGGAGACCAAACCUCUGCUGAUGCUCUAUAGCAGGGGUCUCCAAACUUUUGAAAUAAAGGGCCAGUUUACUGUCCUUCAAACUUUAGGGGGGCCGGACUGUGGUCAUUGAAGGCAGAAAAUUCCCUGGCAUGGGCGGGAGUAAACAACGCAAUAAUCUUGGUGGUCCAUGGGAGUAAAAAAUUACAUUAUUGGUGUCAAUGGGCAAAGUAGUUUCCCAUCUCUAGUGUCAGUGGGAGGAAUAGUGCCCC